AUGCAAAGCCCGAGCAAAAUUUCUGACCCCUCUAUGUCUAACCCCCCUGGUGUGGCGGGGCUCCAGGGUUGGGCUGAGCUCCCAGAUCACCUGCUCCACUCCAUUAUUCCUCUGUUGGGAUCCUUUAUUGACCUCACUGCGUUUGCUAGCACAUGCCCUUCUUGGCGUGCUGCCUUCUCAUCAUACCCGUCCAAAUCAACCUUUUGCACGGUACUCCCGCCUCUCCUCGUCCGGCCCAAUAUCCGUGUCCAAGCUCCCCAUCUCCCUUCUAGCAAUGGUCGUCACAAGCUACGCACAUGCAAUGUCAUUGAUAUGGCCAACCAGAACAAAUCCCUUCGCUGCCAGAUUCCUCAAGUCACUUUUCAGAAGAUGCAUUUUGCUGGCUCUUCAUAUGGGCAUCUCAUCUGCUGCCGCCAAGGAAAAUGUCUCAUUGUUGAUGUGUUCACUGGUGCCGAGGUUUCACCUCCAGUUCUCCCGUUCAGUGGUGACCCUGAGGAGGAGUUCUACUUUGGUAGCACCCUGACAGCUCCCCUUGCAUCACCCAACUGCCAUCUCCUUAUCAGUACCCAAUCCUCCCUGUUUGAUUGGCCGGUCGGAAGCGACUCUUGGUCUGAACUCAAGCUUUCUGAUGCACGCAUUGAUCAGAUUGUGGAAUUUAAUGGUCAAUUCAUAGCCAUGGAUUAUUUUCAGAGGAUCUACACUCUACAGUUAGCCCCCCAGCUUGGCCUACAGGAGAUAACAACCAAGUGGUGGGAUGACAUGACUGAAUGUCCAUAUUUAAGGCCGUGGUUGGCAGUCUGUGGUGACAUGCUUCUCAUCGUUGACCAUUAUGUAAGCUGGUCAUUUGGAGCACCAGUCCUUUAUAAACCCUACCGGCUUGACAUGUCAGCCAAACCUGCAAAAUGGGUGGAGGUGAAGAAGCUGGACAACUGGGCACUCUUUGUAGGUGGUGAUGUGAGGAGCCCGCCGUUUUCUUGCUUGAGCCCGGAACAGUGGGGAGGGAGCAGCAACCGCUUGUACUACGCCCAUUAUUCUCAACCUUGGAGUGUACAUGGCUUGGGUGAAGACGCGGAUGCUGUUUGGGAUCCUUCCACGGACCCCGAUCUUGUGUACAAGAGAAACUGGUACGGCCAGCUGCAGGCCUUCUGGGUGUACCCAAGCAUGUUCUACUCCGAUGGUCAGUGACCGUCAAUGAGCAGUUAUUUGUUGCUGCUUUACUGGCUUCUUGGGUGAAGACUUUUUUUUUGGCUUUGUAAAAUAAUGUUCGUGCUGGUAGUCGAGCUGAAGCUUUUGCAGUUACUUCGUCUUUCAGUUUGCUGUUUAAUCUUUUCACUGGAUGGAUAUGUACUGAACUAGUUGUUGCUCUGCUAUGCUGGAGUUAACAACUUA